UAUAUUCCUACUCCUGACUUGAGCUUUCACUCCUCAUUUCUCUCCUAAUCUUAGUAGCUAUUGUUUGUUAAGUGAUCACAGGUGGCUUAAUCUGAUCAUGGCUGACUCUUCAUCAGCUUCCUACAUCCGAAUGGUGCAACAUCUGAUAGAGAAGUGCCUUCUCUUCCACAUGAACAAGGACGAGUGCGUGGAAGCCCUCUCCAAGCAUGCUAACAUUAAUCCUGUCAUCACGUCUACUGUAUGGACGGAGCUGGAGAAGGAGAACAAGGAGUUCUUCGAGGCAUACAGGCGGGAGAGGGAGGAGCGGGUGUUGGAGAUGGAGACAAUGCAAAUGAUCCAAAAGAUGCUGGCUGAGACGGCUGCCAUAGAUCCUGACGACGAAGACUAACAGAUCCAUCCCUUCGUUCCAUUGCCGUCAUGAUCAACCUCCAAAGUCUUCUGGAAAAAAAAAAAAGUCUAUUAAUUUAUUGCACCUACUCGUGCUGAAGCUAGUGGCAGCACGUUGUAAAUUCCACCCCAAGCCUAGGGUGGAAAAGCAGUUAAAUAAGCUCCAAAUUAAACUGUUCCAGUUUAUGGAGAGGGAGCACCUGGGUGGGAAUGUGCCGAUCGGGACGGCCGGUUGCUAGUGUUCUUAAUUUAAUGUACAGGUGGCAGCACGGAACAAGUGGUCCAUUAUUACGUGUAAUUUUUCUGGAA